AUGAAAAUUUGGUACAGCAACCAAAAGUGUCAAUCAUCAUCAUCAAAAUAUUCAGAAAUUCAGUGUUCGUUCGAACAGCUGAUAGCAGCACCAUUGAAACCUGGAAUAUCCUUGCUAUGUGGAACUACCGAAUCUAUUCGCACCUGCACCAGUACCAGCAAUGAAAUAGCAGUAGCAAGCAGCUUAGCGACCAUAAAUUAA